AUGAAGAUGACAGCGCAGGAUUAUCAGACCUAUGACCUAGGCGACAUCAAACUCGAAUCAGGCGAGACACUUGAAAAGGCGUCCAUUGCGUACAAGACGUUUGGCGAUGCUUCCAACCCAGCCAUCAUCUACCCGACAUGGUUCAGCGGCCGCAUUUCAGACAAUGAGUGGCUCAUCGGCGACGACAAGGCGCUGAGUCCGAAGCGUUACUAUAUCAUUGUCCCUGCUCUGUUUGGCAACGGCCAGUCAACUAGUCCCUCCAACAGGAGCCGCCCGUCAGGGUGCCCGUUCCCCAAGAUCACCCUCCGAGAUAACGUCACGGCCCAACACCGGCUCGUAACCGAGCAGUUGAAGAUUCAACAUGCUCGCUGCAUCCUCGGGUGGAGCGUCGGAGCUUCUCAGACGUACCAGUGGCUGACCCAGUUCCCCGACUUCACCGACAUCGCCGUGCCCUUUUGCGGCAGUGCCCGUACAUCGCUGCACAACCAAGUCUUUCUCGAGGGUGUGAAGAGUGCCUUGCUGGCGGCAAAGGGAGCAACAUCGGCGGGGAGCGCUUCUGGUGAGGAUCACCGUUCGCAGAAAUAUCGGACCUGGACCAAGGACGAGAGCGUAGCAGGACUCAAAGCACUAGGCCGUGUGUACGCCGGGUGGGGUUUCAGCCAGGCCUUUUACCGAGAGCGUCUGUACGAGACGGCACUUGGAUAUAAAAACCUCGAAGACUUCAUGGUCAACUAUUGGGAGUCAUGGGCCCUGUCCAAAGAUCCCGAAAAUAUGCUCACGAUGCUGCACACCUGGCAAGCCGCCGACUGCUCCAACCAGGCGCCGUACGAUGGCAAUUUCAAGCUGGCAAUGCAGAGCAUCAAGGCCAAGACCUUUGUCCUUCCUGGCAAGACAGACUUGUACUUUCCGCCAGAAGAUUCCGAGGACGAAGUCAAGUUCAUGUCGAACGGAAUUGGCAAAUGCAUUCCAUUCCCAUCCAUUUGGGGUCAUUGGGCCGGAGGCCCCGGGCUGAGCAAAACGGACUUGGAAUGGUUGGACAGCAAGCUCAAGUCGUUUCUGGACGAUGAAUCAGCCAUCAACUUGCCUCUAAGAGGACACUAG